GCGUAAUUGAAGUUGAAGUAUUACAACUGAUUAGUCACCUUUAUCUUUUAUACUACACAUCACACCAAUGUUCACCGGCCUCGUGGAAACUAUAGGGACAAUAUUAGAGUACUUGGAACAUGACACGAGCAGUUCGGGGGGAAGCGGCGUGUCCAUUACCAUAGGAGAGUGUAGUGAGAUCUUGCGAGAUGUUCACCUUGGGGACUCUAUUAGCACCAAUGGGGUAUGUCUCACAGUGACUGAGUUUGACGAUGCUAAGACUUACUUUAAGGUGGGCGUGGCCCCCGAGACGUUGCGUCGGACCAAUCUUGGUGAUUUACGAGCCGGAUCACCUGUCAACUUGGAAAGAGCCGUCACCAGUGAUGUCAGGAUGGGAGGGCAUGUUGUACAGGGGCAUGUAGAUACCAUUGCCAUGGUAACCAAUAAAAAGCCCGAUGGAAACGCCAUUAUCUUUACGUUUCAGUUGAGAGAUGCCCAGUACAUUGGAUACAUUGUGGAAAAGGGGUUUAUAUCUGUUGAUGGCACCUCGUUGACAGUGACAAACGUCAAAUAUUCCACUGCCGAGUUCUCAAUCAUGAUGGUUAGCUAUACCCAGGAAAAGGUGAUUAUGUCUAACAAGAGUGUGGGUGAUACAGUGAAUAUUGAGGUUGAUUUGACGGGUAAGCUUGUACAAGCCCAAAUCGAAGCCAGUUUGAACCACCAGAUAACCAACGAAGACAGUGCGUUGAGCCGAAUGGUGGCACGGUUGGUGGAGAAGAAGGUGAAGGAGGUGUUAGGAAAGUAAUCAAGCUACUAACACCUUGAGUUUAGCUCUGAACCAGCUCCAAUUGAAUAGUGUUGGAACGUUGCCUGAGCAAUUGAAUAAUGUUGGAAUUUGCCAGCUUUGCAUGUUUGACCCACCUCGAUCUUUUCUUCAAUCCUUGCUUUAUUCCAACUUUUACCAUAGUUCAUAUUCAUACUUCAUAUUUAUACUUCAUAUUUAUAGUACACACAAGUGCGACCCAAACCCGCGAACUGGAAAAGUUCAAUUCUCACUCACUCACAUAGUGGCAAAUACACAAUGGAUAUCGUUCUCGG